AAGGAUGUUACAGACUCCAGUUUUCAGAGGAAAGCUGGCCAGACAAGAAAAGUAGAAGAAAGGAAACCGUGGUGUUGGAGUUGGGGAAAAGUAGGACCCCUCCCCACAAACAUACCAACUCAUUUCUAAGGAUUCGGUUUCUGCCAUUUCUGAGAACUGCUUGAGGCCGAGUGAACGUGGUUUUGAAAGAUUGUUUAAACGAAGAAUGGAGGCCAGAGUGAUGCCUGAAGUGCAGAAAAGGCAAGUGUUUUUUCUUUGUGUAUUUCUGGGAAUGCCUUGGGCUAGCACAGAACCGCUUCGGUAUUUUGUGGCGGAGGAAACGGAGAGAGAGACCUUUCUGGCCAACCUAGCAAAUGAUCUGGGGUUGGGGGUGGGGGAACUGUCAGCUCGGGGAUCUAGAGUCAUUUCAGAUGAGAACAUACGAUUUUUACUAUUCAAGCCGCUUACUGGUGAUUUACUUCUAAAUGAGAAAUUAGACCGAGAGGAACUGUGUGGGCCCAGAGAGCCGUGUGUGCUACCUUUCCAGUUGUUACUUGAAAAGCCUUUUCAGAUUUUCCGUGCUGAACUAUGGGUCAGAGACAUCAACGAUCAUUCUCCAGUAUUUCUAGAUAGAGAGACUACCUUGAAAAUAUUAGAAAGUACCACUCCAGGGGCAACAUUUCUCCUAGAAAGUGCACAGGAUUCAGAUGUUGGAAUCAACAACCUGAGAAACUACACCAUCAGCUCCAAUGCCUAUUUCCAUAUUAAUGUCCGUGAUAGUGGGGAGGGAAAUGUUUAUCCUGAAUUGGUCCUGGAUGCAGUGCUGGAUCGUGAAAAGGUUUCUGAGCUCAAUUUAACCCUCACAGCCUUGGAUGGCGGGUCUCCGCCCAGAUCCGGGACUGCCCUCAUACGCAUCCUGGUUUUGGACAUAAAUGAUAACAUCCCUGAAUUUGCACAGUCCCUCUACAAGGUGCAGGUGACUGAAGACAGCCCUGUUGGCUCCCUGGUUGUCGCUGUGUCAGCUAGAGAUUUAGAUACCGGAACUAAUGGAGAAAUAGUCUAUGCAUUUUUUUAUGCCACUGAAGUAAUUCUCAAAACAUUUCGAAUCAAUUCAACAUCUGGCAAGCUUUAUCUUAAAGCCGAAUUGAACUACGAGGCAAUACAAACUUAUACAUUAACUAUUCAGGCCAAAGAUGGCGGAGGGCUUUCUGGAAAAUGUACAGUGGUGGUCCAUGUAACAGAUAUAAAUGAUAAUCCACCGGAACUGCUUAUGUCAUCACUUACUAGCCCAAUUGCAGAAAACUCACCUGAGACAGUAGUAGCUGUUUUUAGGAUUAGAGACAGAGAUUCAGGGAACAAUGCAAAGAUGGUGUGCUCCAUCCAAGACCAUCUCCCCUUCGUCCUGAAGCCUUCAGUACAGAAUUUCUACACCCUGGUAACAGAGAGACCCCUGGACAGAGAGAGCCAGGCCGAGUACAACAUCACCAUCACCGUCACCGACUUGGGGACCCCCAGGCUGAAAACGCAGCACAACAUAACCGUGACGGUCUCCGACGUCAACGACAACGCCCCCGCCUUCAGCCAAACCACCUACACCCUGCGCGUCCGCGAGAACAACAGCCCCGCCCUGCACAUCGGCAGCGUGAGCGCCACGGACAGGGACUCGGGCGCCAACGCCCAGGUCACCUACUCGCUGCUGCCGCCCGCGGACCCGCAGCUGCCCCUGGCCUCCCUGGUGUCCAUCAACGCGGACAACGGGCAGCUGUUCGCGCUCAGAUCCCUGGAUUACGAGGCGCUGCGGGCGUUCGAGUUCGGCGUGCGCGCGGCCGACCGCGGCUCGCCCGCGCUCAGCAGCCAGGCGCGGGUGCGCGUGCUGGUGCUGGACGACAACGACAACGCGCCCUUCGUGCUGUACCCGCCGCAGAACGGCUCUGCGCCCUGCACCGAGCUGGUGCCCAGGGCGGCCGAGGCGGGCUACCUGGUGACCAAGGUGGUGGCGGUGGACGGCGACUCGGGCCAGAACGCCUGGCUGUCGUACCAGCUGCUCAAGGCCACGGAGCCCGGGCUGUUCGGCGUGUGGGCGCACAACGGCGAGGUGCGCACGGCCCGGCUGCUGAGCGAGCGCGACGCCGUCAAGCACAGGCUGGUGGUGCUGGUCAGGGACAAUGGCGAGCCGCCGCGCUCGGCCAGCGUCACGCUGCACGUGCUGCUGGUGGACGGCUUCUCGCAGCCCUACCUGCCGCUCCCGGAGGUGGCGGCGGCCGAGGCGCGGGCCGACCCGCUCACCGUCUACUUGGUCGUCGCCUUGGCGUCCGUGUCGUCGCUCUUCCUGUUCUCGGUGCUGGUGUUUGUGGCGGUGCGGCUGUGCAGGCGGAGCCGGGCGGCGUCUGCGGGUCGCUGCUCGGGGCCCGAGGGCCACUUUCCGGGCCACCUGGUGGACGUCAGCGGCGCGGGGACGCUGUCCCAGAGCUACCAGUAUGAGGUGUGUCUUCGGGGAGGCUCGGGGACCAGUGAGUUCAAGUUCCUCAAGCCCAUUAUCCCUAAUCUGCAGUUUCAAAGUACAAGAAAGGAAGUGGAAGAAUAUCCCUCAUUUCAGAAUGAUUUGGGUUUCUGAUAAGGGAUGGAACAUGAAUGUCCAUAUUGUGUCUGUAAAUAUUUUUCUAUUAUGAAAUUCGUCCUGAGUUACCUGUAGAGGAGUGCUUUAAUAUUAUUUAAAGUCAGGGUAAAUUUCUUUACAGAGAAACGGAUCCAGCUUUAGCCCUAGGAAACUUCCACAAAGCAUGCAAUGUAUAUGUGUUAUAUUCUAUCUCAAACAAUUGUGCAUUUUUUUGCAGCCUAUUACGUGAUUAAUCUUGUUUAUGAUGUUUUAAGUUGGUUUUGUCUUUAAAAUUUUGCUACUCUUAUUUUCUGAGUUGGAGUGUUGUAGUAUACCUACUCUUAGUUUUAGAAGUAAAGAUAGUAUCUUUUAAAGCUUUUUAAAAAACGCUUACUAUGCAUCAUACACAAUUUUAACACUUUUAAUAUUAGAAGUAAAUCUGUAAGGUGUUUUAGAAAUGAGCAAAUAGAUAUUCAUAGAGGCCCAGCGAGUUCACUAGGGUCAGCAACUAAUAAAUGGUAGAGCUGAGCAUCUCUCCUAGAUCUGUCUGACUCUGGGAUCUUGCUAUGAUGCUAUACUGCUUUCUGUCAUUAGAUAUCACCUGGCAAGUUUCUCCUAAUUAAGGAGAAGAAUCUUCUCAGGUUAGUAUACCUGUUGAGUGUUUUCUACGUUUGGAGAUAAUAAUGUGUGUAGUGGUCUGUGGUUAUAUGUUCUCACAUACCAAUAAGCCAGCUUUUCUGGAUCAAUUAUUCAACUAUUAUUAUUAGAGCUGUGAUCUGACCAAAACUUAAGUUAAAAAAUAUUGAAGGAUCCAUUUGUGUUUUCUCCUUGUUAUCUGAACAUAUGACCUUCAUAUCACAGAAAACUUAAUGACCCUGAAUAGAAAUAAUACAUCAGUUUGAUUGCUUCAUUAGUUUAUUUUUCCUCACAUUGCAAUAACUUUUCUACAGUGGUCCCUACCUACUUUUAAAACACAUUUUCCUUCCUUAAUUUUAAAGUUAAUUUUUAAAACUUCCUAUUCAAUAUAUUGCAGUGAUGAAUCAGGGAAAUAUAAGAAAAAGAAUAGUUUUAAAUAUGUCAUAUUAAAGAAACAAAUUGUCAUAAAAUUGCUUAGAGAUUUUGGAAAGUUAAUGAGAAGUUUUGCUUGCUAUAAUAAUCUGCCAUUGCUUUUUCUUUAACAACUAUUCAGAUAAUUUAUACAUAGCUGUAUUCUGAAUGUAUUAUAUGCUAAGUGCUGGUAACUCUUAAAAUAGUACCGCUACUAUGAAUUACUAAUGGGAUAUAGUCUAAGGGCAAAAGAAAAACCCCUCAUGGCAGUAAAAUCCUAAAUUGUUUUCAUGGUGUCAGGGUAAAAUUAUCCUUUUUCCAACAAAUCAAUGAAAUGGAAAAAGGGAGGAGGGAAUUCUACACAAUGAAAGAAAUUAAGACACAUACCAAGCAAAUAUAAUGCUUGGUGGGUCUUGAUUCAAACAACCAUAACAACUGAAAGAAUUAGAGAAAAUUGAAUCUAAGUGGAUAUUAAAUAAUGCUAACCUAACUUCUUAGGUGUGGGGAUGGCAUUAUAGUUGUUUUAUUUUUUUAAGUAUUAAAAGUUGGAGAUCUAUAAUGAAGUAUUUAUGGGUGAAAACUUAGUUUGGGAUUGGAAAAUGAUGGGCAGAUAGAGUGAGCAAUAAUGGCAAAAUAUUGAGAACUGUUGAAGCUAGUGAUGAGUACCUGGAGAUUCAUCAUACAGUUCUUCCUUAUGGGGUUUGAAAUUUUUCAUAAUAAAAAGUUUUUACAAUUGACACUGUAAGAAGGGAAGUUAAUGAAAUUAGGACAUCCAUCUGAGAUGUGGAAUCACCACUGCAGUUACAGAUUAUAUCUCUCUUAGAUAAACUCUCCAGCCUUUCCUUGUUUCAUCAUUUGAGAUGAUAAUUUCUGAGUAAUCCUGCUCAUACAUUCUUCUACCACAUGAAUCUUGGGUGUUUUCAAGUCACGGCAAUGGACUCAUGUAAACUCUGCUACCUGAUGGCAUCAAAUUACAUGCUUAGUGUGUGUGUGUGUGUGUGUGUGUGUGUGUGUGUGUAAAGUUAAUCUCUCUCUGUCUCAGUAUCUUCAUCUGUAAAGUGAGGAAACUCAAGGCGGCCCUAUGAGGUAUACACUAUUACUGUCUCCAUCCUACAAGUGAGAAAACUGGGAGAGGUUAAAUAAUUUGUCCAAGUUUCAUAGCUAGCAGUUUCCAUAGUUCUUGGCAAUAAAAAUAUAUAACUCUGAA